AUGAGCGACGUCGGCGGUGUAGUUUCGGCAGAGCAGCGGACUCAGCGCAUCCGCCAAAGGAAGAAAAACCUCCUGAAGCAUUUUCGAAGAUGUCUCCGUCACCCUUCACUACAUUCGGAGAUGUCUAAGUUGGACAUUUUAGUUGAGCAACAGGAUUUGACAGAGCAGGGGCCCGUAUUAUCCGGGGAUAAGGAGAGCGCUAUCGCUACCAAGAAGGACCGGACGUCAAGAUUUUCAUGGAAAACAACCUACGAGUGA